CACGCCCCAAACCCGGAAGCAGCUCAUUCUAGCGGAGGAGUGUCCAGCGUCUGGAAGCUCCGGUUACCGGGGAUGAAACACAGAUUUCCUCCGGCUGAACGCGGCGUCCGGCGGCGGUGAAAUUGUGAAUAAACCCCGGGCAGCUUAAACUCCGCUGUCUGUUUGUUUAUUUGUUUAUUUGUGGGUAAGAAGCUGAGUGUUUCCGCUCUGUUGUUGUUGUUAUUGUUGCUUAGCUGAGUCAAGCUAACCGGACACGAGUUGAGGUCCACAGCUGACGGCUGAGUUUCCUACCGGGCUGCCGGUUAUCAGACUCCAACAUGCCGAAGGAUUCAGAUCAGUGUGAGGGAGGAGACAAGGAGGCGAAAGAUGAGAGGAGGCAGGAAGCUUCUGAGGAGACAGUGAGGAAGAGGGUUCGAACGAACACUCCGAGUCCUCACAGAGGAAACACUCCACAAGCCAGCCCACCGAGGUUUGUGUCCGUGGAGGAGCUGAUGGAAACGGCUAAAGGAGUCACCAACAUGGCUCUGGCUCAUGAAAUCAUGGUCAACCAGGCGUUUCAAGUCAAACCCACAGAGCUCCCAGAGGGAAGUUUGGAGCGCAGGGUGAAGGAGAUCAUGCAUAAAGCAUUCUGGGAUUGUCUGGAAGCUCAGCUGAAGGAGGAACCACCAUCCUACGGACACGCCAUCAAACUUCUGGCUGAGAUCAAAGAGGCUCUGCUCUCCUUCCUGCUGCCGGGCCACGGGCGUCUUCGCUCUCGUAUCGACGAGGUUCUGGAUCUUCCUCUGAUCCAGCAGCAGGCUGAGAACGGAGCUCUGGACAUCGGCCGGCUGUCCCAGUUCAUCGUGGGGAUGAUGGGGUCGCUGUGCGCCCCCUGCAGGGACGAGGACAUCAACAAGCUGAAGGAGAUCACCGACAUUGUGCCUCUGCUCAAGGCCAUAUUCUCAGUGCUGGACCUGAUGAAGGUCGACAUGGCCAACUUCGCUCUGAGCAGCAUCAGGCCUCAUCUGAUGCAGCAGUCAGUCGAGUACGAGAGGAACAAGUUCCAGGAGUUUCUGGAGAAGCAACCCAAUGCCUUAGACUACACUGAGAAGUGGCUGGAGGAAACAGUGAAAUGCUUGAAAGAAUCAGAGGCAGCUGGUUGUAGCGCUGCUUCACCCGACUCACACCUUCCUCUUAAUGUCCAUAAUCACGCUUAUCUUCGUCUGCUGAGGUGGGACCACGCCUCAGACCCCUUCCCAGAGACGGUGUUGAUGGAUCAGGUCCGGUUCCAGGAGAUGCAGCAGGAGGCCGAUCAGCUGGUUCUUCUGUCCUCGGUGCUGCUCAUCGUUUACACCACAGCAGGAGAAGCCAUCUCAGGCCUGCCGGGUCUGAUGGACACCCUGAAGCACACCGUCAGCGUCAUGCUGGCAGACAUGCACUCACCGUCUUUUAGUUUACAGGAAGCUUUAGCGACCGUCGGGGAGAAACUGUGUGUUGAACUGAGUCAGUGUCUUAGCCAGCAUGGAUUCUCUCCGUUCUCCGCUGACAGAAGCAGCACUUUGAAGGGACAAAUCUCAGCCACCGUCCAGCCAGACAACAAAGUCCGCAAGCUGAUGGAGUCUCGGGUUCAGAGCUACCUUUUAGCAUCUCUGGAGUCGAGUCAACACCAGACUCCUCCUCCUCUUCCUGGAGGUUUGGUUCCGGUCAGCCGGGAGUUGAAGGAACUCGCCGUUCGCUUCAGUCGCCUCGUCAACUUCAACAAGCUGGUGUUCUCUCCGUUCUACCAGAAGAUCUUGCAGGAGAUCCUGACGUCUGGGGAGGUUCCCAGCAAAGAGACUUAAACACUGAAGGUUGAAAACAUUUGACCUAGAAUCAGAAAACAUCAGAAAAUGUGUCAUCGCGUUCACUCAGUGUUGUCAAACGUCAUAGUCGCGACCUUUCGAUGUCCAUCAGACAUAACGUUCAGCAUUACUAGCAGGUCUGGUUAUCAUUGGAAUUAGUUUGAUACCUGAGCUCACACCUGUGAUUUAGUGUAGUUACCCUGCAGACUAUACACAGAAACUACAUAAAACCUUAGAGUAGGAGAAAAUGUUAAGACUUUUCAUUCAAAAUAAGGUCAGAAAGACGACAGAUUAAAUCCUGUAUUUAUCAAGUGUCUCCGAUAUUUAAUUAAUGCACCAAUCUCAGUAAAAAUCUCCUGUAUUUUAGUUACUUAACCCAAGAAAUCAUAACAUUUCAUAAAAGUCUACUUCCUCCUUAUAUUUAAAGGUCCCAUAAUUCAACGUUUUUUUAGUAAAUUAAUCAAAAUCUGUCAUUUCUUUAGCUCAAAAUACCACAAAGAUGCUUGAUUUUCUCACAACUUUUGGUCUUAUUCCUGUUCUAAAUGGGAUGUUUCAAUGUCUGUAGCUUUAAAUGAGCUGCUUCUAGCCCCGCCCCCUUCAGGAAGAAACUCUCUUUCUUAAAUGUAUCAAAUUCUGUCAUUUUUUUUAGCUCAAAAUACGACAAAAUUGGUUGAUUUUGCCACAGUCCAUCCAUCCAUUCUCUAUACACCGCUUUAUCCUCACUAGGGUCGCAGGGGGUGCUGGAGUCUAUCCCAGCUAACUCAGGCGAAGGAAGAGGACACCCUGGACAGGUCACCAGUCUGUCGCAGGGCUGAUUUUCCCACAGUUUUCCAGUUCUAAAUGGGAUGUUUCAGUGUCUAUAGCUUUAAAUGAGCUGCUUCUAGCCCCGCCCCCUUCAAGAAGAAAACUCUCUCUGCGUCUGUGAUUGACAGCAUGGAGAAAAAUGACCACACUGGACCUUUAAUUACAAACAAAACAGUGGAAUUUCACAUAACUUCAGUAUUUCAGUGAUUAAUGAUUCCCUGAACAGGUUUCUACACAAAGAAAGCGAACCAAGGGCGCCGUGUGCUGAGGAAUCUGGGAGGAAGGCAGAGUUAGCAGGUGGAACGGGGAAGCGGCCGACAACUCCAGUGAAACAGAAGGGGAGCCAGGAAGGGAGAUCAUGGGGGGAAGCCGAGGGGGCGAAGUGCUGGCAGCGUUCAGGCAGGGGGUCCGGGGCUUGCAUGGAAUCAGGCAGGACAGGCAGAGGUCUGGACAGCUGGUUCCGCUGUGCAGAGAAAAGCAGAGAAAACGUAUUGGUUAAGGUGUUAAGACACUGGAUACAAGAGAGCAAACUGACGAUAAAGUCGUGUUUAUCAGUCCAGUGGAGGGAUGAACCGGUCUUUUAUUGUUGCAGGUGUAAUCACAGGAAUGAGUUCCAGCUGUCCAGACUCCAGGGAAACAGCAGAUUGCCUGAGUGGAGGCAGUUGUAUGCCUACACUCCACUCAGUGCAGGGCUGGAGGGAGAGAGAGAGGAAGGGGAAAAACAGAUGGCAAAAGGGUUUUGGGAUGCCAGGUGGGGGAGGAACGGGAGUGAGGAGGGAGCCUUGACAUUUAUGUAUUUACGCAGAGAGAAAAAUGCAAAUUACGUACCACAAAAUGACUUUGUAGACAUCUAGCCUUCAACAAAUAAGAAAUACGUUGCUACGUCUUAAAACUGAGAGGAAAAACACAGAACAGUAGCACCAACAAACUCUAAAUACACAGAUAAACAAACCUUGACUACAUGAUGCUAUAAAGUUCAAGACAGAAAAAGAAAUAUCUUUAACUGUAGCCUAAAAACUGACAAAGAAGAUAGUGAUUUCAGUGUUUUACGCCGUACAUUUCGUCAGCUAGAAGCUCUAAAUUUAACUAAAACUGUGUAUGCACUGGGGCUGGACCUGAAUAUCCGAAUAUUCGUUCGCUACAGCGGUAUCCGGAUAUUAAUUUUGGUGUCCGAAUACCCCCCCCCCCCUUGGACAUUAUGGGGCAGAACGAAUAUUUGAAUAUUCGUCUUUAAUAGGACCCAAAUAUUUGGAGGCCAGAAACCACUAUUCGGUCCAGCCCUAGUAUACACCAACCCUAGAACCUUUUUAUAUACAGAAAGAGUUCAUAAAGCUGAUAAAAUGCUUUUAGUUCAUAGAACACAGAAGCUACUUCUACCAUGAGACGUUUGAUAAAUACAGAUCUUAACCAUAUAUUCAGUAUAGAACAGUUUUAAACUCGGUGCUGCUGUUUAAUUCUGAGCUGCUCUUAAUAAACAGAUGACUGCAUGUUGUGAUUUACUCUGGAACUGUAGAAGAAACCAGAAUCAGAAAGCCUUCAAUAAUCCCUGCAGGGACAGAACACUUUAGAACAGCUGCUAAAAUAUACAUGAACAGAAGAAAGCAGCGAGGUCAGGUUUAGUUCAGGGUUGAUUUAUUGAUGAUUUGGAACCCAAAACUGAGUUCUGUGAAAUAUUUGGGCUGUAUUCUGAGAGUUUUAACGUUUUCUGACCUGUGAAUUUUUGUAUUAUCGUCAGAAAAACCAGAAGAACCAUCUUAAGGGUUCAACAUCUCCAGAAAUAAAACUCUAACAGUCAUGAACUGUGUUGAAAACUCAGACCAAAUAGUUUCUGUCAGAUCAGAAAGAUUUAAUGGAUCCAGUAGAGGACAAUUUUCAGUUAUUGGUCUUUGAAAAUGGAGACAGUUUUCAAACAACGCUGGUAUUGUGUCUCCAUAAAGUUCCUGUAAGUGUAUAUCUAUGGAUGGAUCCAUAUUUCUACUAAAAUCCAGUCUUUGGUCGACAUUUCUCCUGUUGACGCUCUAACAUCAGUAGAAUCUGAUGUGUGGAACAUUUGACCAGACAAAGUUCAUCCACUUUGAUCUACCAGAGACUGUUCAGUGUGAGUCCUGAAUCCUCAACAUCCAGGAUAAACAUUUGACAGAUCCGAGUUUUUGGUGAGACAGUAGAGUAACAUGUUUCCUGAAUUCUGUCUGGUCUGUGUUUGAGGGAAGUAAAAAUAACAAAAUAUUACAGAAAAAAGGAAAAUAAUCCAAAUAAAAGGUACUGAAGGGAAACUAGUCUGGUGUUUUGGACCAACUUGAACUGUAGCUGCUUUAAUUAGUUCAUUUUUAAACUCUGUUCACUUAUUUAUAACUUCUGUAUUUGAUUUUGCUUUAGUUUCGGGUCCGACAUUUUUCAUGUGUUUGUUUUUUUGACUGAACUUCCAACAGAACUGGCUGUAACUGUAUUUCACUCCUGCAGGCAGAAUGUUAUCGCCUGUUUCCUGAACUAACGACGUCCAGUGUUCACGUCCACCGCACUGAUAUGUGUCUUUAAAUGUUCAUCCAGCACACCAAUAAAGCAUCGUUUGUCCCACA